ACAUCAGAGUCGCGAAAGGACAAUCUGAUAAAUCAAGCGGCGCAGAAAGCGUCCACGUGUCACGCAGCACCUGAGUUUUGUGAUCGAGGCGAUCGAUACACACCCCAACGUGAUGUCGGAACCCAACCAAUGGAAAGAAAAAAAAAAACACGAAUCCAUUUGGUUUCUGUUAAAUAUGAUCUGCGACUGAGACAGAGACGCACGACGACAAAGGCGAACAAUCAGUACGCUAAAGCUAUAACGUUUCAACUUUCACUUUCACACGUCAAAGAAAGAUAGCCAUUAUUAAGAUUUUAAGCGAUUCUCGUUCGGCUCGGGAUGGCUGGCCGCUGAACCGGACCGGUUCGGCUUGGAGAGAUCUUGUUGGGCUCGGAAACACGCAUUUGCGGCGGUGAUGAGAGGGAGCUGCUGCUGCUGGAACCGUCGGACAGAGCAGCGGUUCCGCCUCCUCGCGAUCUCCACCGUUAAAUCACUCAAGAUCAAGCUUCUCCUCUUUUGCUGCGUCGCCUUCACGCUUCUCGCCUUUUCCACCAGCGCUUCUUCCUUCGUCCUAUGGAUCAACAACCAAACGCCGCCGCCUCCGCCGCCUCCGCCACCUCGCUUCCCCGAUUCCGGGAAAGGGUAUUCUAUAGUAAUGAACACAUGGAAGAGAUAUGAUCUUCUAAAGCAGUCCAUCAAGCAUUAUUCAUCAUGUCCUCGACUUGAAUCAGUACAUAUUGUGUGGAGUGAACCUGAUCCUCCAUCGGAUAUUCUUUUAAAAUUUCUGCACCACGUUGUAAAGUCCAAGUCUAAAGAUGGAAGAUAUGUGAAAUUGAGGUUUGAUAUCAACAAGGAAGACAGUUUGAACAAUAGAUUUAAAGAAAUUAAGGAUUUGGAGACAGAUGCUGUCUUUUCUAUUGAUGAUGAUGUUAUAUUUCCUUGCUCUACGGUGGAAUUUGCAUUUGAUGUUUGGCAAAGUGCACCUGAUACAAUGGUUGGAUUUGUACCUCGUGUCCAUUGGGUGGAUUCAUUGGAAGGUAAUGACAGCAAAUUUAUAUAUGGCGGAUGGUGGUCUGUGUGGUGGACGGGUACAUAUAGUAUGGUGCUUUCCAAGGCAGCAUUCUUUCACAAAAAGUAUUUCAAUAUCUACACAAAUGAGAUGCCAUCAUCAAUUAGAGAAUAUGUAACCAAGAACAGGAAUUGUGAAGAUAUUGCAAUGUCUUUCCUUGUUGCAAAUGCUACCGGUGCACCCCCCAUAUGGGUUAAAGGUAAAAUAUUAGAGAUUGGAUCGACUGGAAUCAGUAGUUUGGGAGGUCACAGUGAAAGAAGAACAGAAUGCGUCAACAGAUUUGUUGCCGCGUAUGGGCGGAUGCCCUUGGUAUCUACUUCAGUUAAGGCUGUUGAUAGCCGCAAUAUCUGGUUUUGGUGACGCUGGAAUUUUGAUUUUCCUUGCAUUUCUAGAAAUUCUACUGCCGUCCUUUUAUUAGCUAGUUGAGUUACUCAAUUCACGUUAGUCACAGUUGUAUAAUAUAUUGGAUCUUAUACUCCAUUCAUGCGUUUUGCCGCUAAUCGAUCAAAUUCCUUAGGUUGAUUUCUUGUAUUAGAUAUGUAAUGCAAGGCAGCAUCGUGUGGUGCUUUUUCCCCCUCAAAAUAUUAAGAAUUUCAUUGUAGAAUAUUAUUAAAGGGUUAUUACACCCUAAGAGAUGAAGCUCUACCUGUGAUAUAGUUAUUAUUUAUAUUA